GAGUUGGUGGAUUGCAUGGAAAGAGGCUGCAUUAAAAAGCUUUGAAACCUGCGAACUUUAGACUCUACUAUCCGGAGGUGCGAAAACUGAUAAUUAGGAAAAUAAAUUAUUUAAAAAAAAUAUUAUAAUGGCAAAGUUCAAAUAUUACUAUGAUUUAAUGUCGCAACCCUCACGCGCCUUGUGGAUUGCAUUGCGAUUGGGUAAGAUACCAUUUGAAGACUGUCCUGUUGCAUUGAGAAAGUCUGAACAACUGAAACCGGAGUACAAACAAAUAAAUCGCUUCCAAAAAGUGCCGGCGCUCGUAGAUGGAGACUUUCAUCUUGGCGAGAGUGUAGCGAUGGUUAGAUACCUCGCCGAUAAGGGUCAAUUCAGUGAGCUGCUCUAUCCUAAAGCAUUAGGACAGCGUGCACGCGUAGAUGAAUUUCUCGAAUGGCAGCAUUUGGGUGUGCGUUUGGGCUGUACAACAUAUUUUCUUGAUAUGUGGCUACUUCCCAUUAACGGGAUAAAACCGAAACCUACCGCUGAAAAAGCGGCUACCUUAAGUAGAAACAUGGAGUCACAAUUAAAAAUUUUAGAGGAAAUUUGGUUGAAGGACACACAGUUUGUGGUGGCCAAUAAAAUGACUGUGGCCGAUUUAUUUGGUGCUUGUGAAGUGGAGCAAACGAAAUUAGCACACUAUGAUGUUGGUAAGAAGUUUCCGAAAAUCGCCGAGUGGAUGCAACGUGUUCGAGAGCAAGCAAGUCCACAUUAUGAUGCCGCACAUGAAUUUAUAUAUAAAAAGUCUGGCAUGAAACCUUCUAAUUAAAAAUCGUGAUGUUAGGUAUUGAGUAUUUAUCAUUUAAUUUUUUUUUAUCAAUAAUUUUUUUUUGUAUAAAAGAAAAGGUAGCUUUUCUUGUUCCCAACCUUGUUCAUCAAUAAACGGUGACAUUUUAUUUUAAUAUUUUAA